GUCCUCUCAAUUGUCAUCUAAUCGCUUAUUUCCCGUGACUUCAAUGUGGGUUUAUAUUUCUGCAAACAUUCUGAACUCGAGAUCGACCCAUCGUGUCUUUCGCCGGUGCCAUACCAGAGAAGUUGUACUUCUCUUAGUUCGGUUUGACGAUGGUGCCUGCUGACUUCUCAGACUGGAGGAAUAUUGAGUUGCAGAACAGGAAAAGAAGGAGAUGCUGUAGUGUACGGUGUCUUAAAGCGCCCAUGCAUUUGUUUACAUUCUUUUAUUGGUUGAGUGGCGUGGCCCUGGUGGUAGUGGGAGCCUGGACACUGUUGUUUGAGAGCCGGUACAAUGUACUUCUGGGAAGCUCGUGGUUUCUAAUAAUAGUAGGUCUUAUGAUUGGUACUGGAGGUCUCAUCAUGAUUGUAUGCAUCUGUGGCUGCUAUGGGAUUGUCAAAGAACACAGAUAUUCGCUUAUUUCGUUUCUGAUCUUGUUGACGUUGAUCUUUAUAAUCGAAUGUUCAAUCGGAGUUGCAGCAUUCGUACACCGAUCUUAUAUUGAAGAGAAUUUAGAUAAAUCCGCGCUUGAUCGAAUGAAUGAGUAUGGAACCUCAGAUGCUGUAAGGGAUUCCUUUGACGAUCUUCAACAAAGGCAUAUGUGUUGUGGUAGUAGCAGCUAUUCGACGUGGAACAACACAGCUUGGAAACAAAUGACUGAAAACCAGAAUUUGUCAGUGCCAGAUUCGUGUUGCAAGACAAUUACACCUGCCUGUGGAAAGAGGGACCACCCCUCUAAUAUAUACCAUGAGGGUUGCAUUUUAAAGUUAAGCGAGUUUUUUCGGGAGCAUGUGUUUAUUCUGGGAUUCAUAGCAUUGGUUCUAAGCGCUGUCCAGUUAACUGGGAUCAUUCUCUCCUCGUGUAUGAUCCGCUUGGUGGAAUACUAAUGAAUGGUUUACGGCUAACAGCUACCAUGAACCUACCACUACCAUGAAUACCAGAGCACGAGUGAAUAAACUUAAUUAUUUGCCGAACUGUUGCGAUGUCUACAAUAACAACAUCAUCGAUAUAUGCAAACAAUUAGCUAUUCAAUACUUUAUUAAAUUAAAUAUUUACCAAGAGAAGCUUGUUCGUCACUUUGUGCCCGGGACCACUGGCAGACAGGGGAGUUGGGGAGAGUGAGACUUGGAGUGUUGAGAGCUUCAGUACAAAAGGCUGAUCUCUGAGGACACGACUUCAAAUGACGUGCCUUCCUCAAGUCAAAUUCGAUGCCAUCAUCGUCAUCAUCAUAAUCAUCAUCAUUUUAGCCAUAUUUCUCCGAGUUUGAGCAUAGGUCAGGAAUCGCACACGAUUCUGAGUCAUUUUUGUUGCUCUGUCUUGUGUACGCAACGGUCCUCUAUGUCCACAAAUUAAAUUCAUGAUAAAACUUAAGAGUAUUAUAUCUUCCAAAUUUAUCACUAAACGUCGUGGUACAUCUUGAAUCUUCCCUGGAUCAGUACACAAACUGAACUCUAAUCGUGUUUCGGAUUAAAACGCACACUGUUUAUUACAGAACAAGUUGUUAAGUCUUGCGAACCUGAUGGCUCUUUGCUGCCAGAUCUGAUCCUGGUAUCCGUCACAUGAAGCCACUGCAUGGAGUGUAGUUACUCCUCCUGGACAGGAAAGCUACCAUAUUACUCCAUACCGAGUAACUCCCAGCUCCUUUUCAAGUCUUCUUAACAGUUUGCCGGCGCUCAUCUAUAGUCCCUGGUGACAAGAAGCACUCUGAGAGUUCAAGAAAUAGCCAUAAACUUAAUAUACCUUAUUUACUUUAUUAUUUUAACUUUUCUUAACUAAUGAUAUGUUGUGUGAACAGCCUUUUCUCAUAUUUUCUUUUGUACUGAUAUAUAUGC